AUGCCUCACAAUGUCUACUGUUUACAUCUGGAUAAGAAAUCCGCGGAGAACUUCAAACGUGCCGUUCAUUCCUUUAUUGAUUGUUUGCCAAACGUUUUCGUAACAAAGAAAUUGAUAGACGUUGUUUGGGGACACGUGUCCGUUUUGCAAGCAGAGUUGAACUGCAUGGAAGAUCUUUUCCACAGCGAUGUACCGUGGAAGUAUUUAAUCACGUUGGUGGCACAAGAUUACCCCCUUUAUGACAACAAAGGCAUCGUUGAGGGGCUGAAAAAACUCAACGGACUGAACAACAUAGAGAGUUAUCCUAUGCCGGAGCACUUUGCCUAUCGCGCGAACACAAUCUGGACUCUUACAAAAACAGGGAAAGGGAAAGAACACGAUGGUUACAGAAUGGAUUGUACAUGGAAACCAAAGGCCCCCCCUCCUCAUAACAUCACUAUAAUGAAAGGAUGGAACCAUAUUGCAGCAACAAGGAAAUUUGUGGAGUUUGUCUUGUACGAUAAAAUAGCCACCGACUUUUAUCAAUGGUUAUCCGAUAUUUUCAUCCCAGAUGAAGUGUUUUUCUCUUCUUUGCAGCGUCAUCCGGGAACCCCUGGCGGUUACCAUGACAACGAUAAUCAUAAGUGGAUAAUGCGCGCGUUCGCGUGGAUUCGUGAAACCGACAAUCGACAGUGUUUCGGCAACUGGAUUAGACACAAUUGCUGGCUUUCUACUCGUGAUCUUCGCUGGAUUUUGGCGGAGAAAGAUCUGAACAAGCUUUUUACUCAAAAGAUUCCAUUCGAAUACGAAGAAAAUUUAGUAGAGUGUUUAUCUGCAGUCAUUCAAGACAGGGAAUACCCAUCUGACUUCACCCAAAACUACAAUACAGCCGUUUCUUAG